AUUAUCGCUAGUGAUUAUAAUUCAAAUGUUUUUUAAUGUUCCCAUUAGUCACGUACAAUUAUAAGUCGUAUAAGUGGUAAUAACAUAUCACUAUUGGAUCAUAUGAGGAACGAUUGUAAUGAAAACGCUGGAAGAACAUUUCCAGAGAACACUUUAAAUAAUUCACAUUUUUUUUUUUUUAUUAAAACUAUUCCAUAUAGUGCCUUUUCUUUCCUGCGCAGCGCUGAAAAUCUUCCUGAAUAUAAGUCCAGAAAGACCGCCCUGUCGUCAAUUGAUCGUGAUGCUGCUCUCUUUCUUGUGGAAGAUAUUACUAUUCUUUCGUAUCCAGCGGUUGUUCCGCUUUUAUUCUAGUUCUUUGUUGGUGGCAUAUGACGCGAAACGAUUGCGGCAUUAUCUCCGCCUAAAUAACACGAAUAAAUUACCCAGCCACGUAUCCACGUCAUUUUCCUCCACAAAUAACCAUACAACUACAUCGAAUGUGUUCAAACACAUGAACGACGCGACAAGUAAUUCAGUUUCGAGUAAUAUCGAAACGAAUAGGAAUCGGACGAUGGAGAGGGUACACUUUAUUAAAAGGAGCAUCAGCUUGAGCGGCGAGUACGAUUCAUCGGGGAAGGAGAAAACUUUGAGCAGAAGCGAGUCGUGUAGUCCAGACUUUAGAGUUGAUCGACUCUGUCGUACGCAUUCUUAUGUGAACAACUUUGACGAUGACAUAAUAAGGAUCAAGGAGGACUACGAUGAUUUAUUGAACGAGCUCACUAGUUCCAUGGAAGAGAGACAAAAUUGGGUUAGAAUUAAUAUGAUUGACUUUACGCAUGUCUUCCCGGCAGAGGAUCAAAAUACUCUGGAUUUAAAUUAUUUAGAAGGAAUCGAGAACUUGAUCAAACUUGUGGAGAUGUUCCUGAUCUCUAAGGAUAUCACUGCAUGAACUAUGUGUAUUUAUUGCAACGUAGGAAGUUGUUGUUACAAAUUUUUUUUUCUUCUCUCUCUCUCUCUCUCUCUCUUAAAAAUCGCAAUACGAGAUGUUAUAUAAUUGUAUUUUAUAUUCUUUAAUAAAAUUAGAUUGAUUUUUGACGUUAGGUCAGUGAUAAACCGAAAGUUGUAACUCGUGCCAUUGUGCACAUUUGAAUUUGUGUGAAUUUUAUGUGCGAGAAUUUUAGGAACACAUUUCGUGAAAGCUUAUCAAUUGUUGUGAAACUCGAUCCUAAAAGAAACGGUAAUAUAUUUAAAGCUUUCACGAAAUGUGUCCAAUCCAGUUACGGAUCCAGUAAUUGGAUAUAAUGGAAACAUUGAAAACUGAAUGUUAAUUAUUUCGCACCCAAAUAUUUAACAACAUUUAUAACGCUCUCAUUUUUCAAGUGCACCUUCACUUGUCGAUAUUCCACGUUAUUAUUAAAGAUCAUACUCGUUGGUUUUACAUACAUGAUCGUACAUAUAUGUAUAUUCGCCAUUCACGCAACGAUUGUUGUAGUCAUUGAUUGUUCGUAUUAAUUCGUAUCAUUUCUUUUCUUAUAUGUUCUUACCAUAUGCAAAUAAGAUUCUACUAAUACAUACUUACUAAACACAAAAAUUGUUAUGUUAAUAUAAAUACAAAACAUACAAGUGUUGAUGUAA